GGGCGGGACGCGCCGCCGCUGCUUGGGGCGGGGACACGGCGAGGCCGGCGGUGCUGCACGGUGGAGCGGCGGCGGAGCACGGGCAGGGCUGUCACAGCAGGGGCGUGAAGGUGAGCGGAGCUGGCAGGGGCUGGGACACUCUCAGUUGGUGCCCCAGCGACCGCUGCCCUUGGGGAGCCUGUGGGGCUGGGGUCAGCGUGUCCUGUAACAUGCGAGGAUUGCCUGGUGCUUCAGAGGUGGUUUUGGGACGUGGUGAGGGCUGGAGAAAGCUCGGCUGCCUUGGCCCGUGUUGGGGCUAGGUGUGGGACGUGUUGGGGCUCCAUGCUCUCUGGGGUGCCUUAGGAGGGGUGCAAGGAAGGAGCUGCAGACAGGGAAGUAAGAAAAACACGGUCAGCCAUAAAACCAAUCGUUGCACAAUGUUUUGGUGGUGUGUGGGUGGGCUGGGAGUUGGUUCCGGAUCCAGUGGUCCACGUCAGUGGUGAGUUUGCUGCUGUGGGAACCCUGAGAGCAGCUUGGUGUUGGAAGGCAGCCAGACAAGGUUCUCCUAUCCCCAAAUCCUGCUGCAGCUCAUGGGCAGUCACAGGAGGAGAUGGUGUUUGGCCCAUGGCCACCGCUGCUGCCUCUGACACCUCUUGGGGAGCCUGGGAACAGUGCUGGUCUGGCUGGAUCCUUCCUGCUCCAUGGCUGGCCAUGUUUACUCCAACUUCCUGCCGCACUCCUGCCACAGCCUCUUCAGCUGCUGUCAGAAAGCCAGAGGAAUCUGGCAGUCCCAGAAGGUCCAGCUGCUGUGCUGAAGGGCCACUGUCUCUCCCAGCCCUCUCUGAGCACUAGGCAGGGGCUGCAGGGACAAGUCCCCUGGCUGAGCACCACAGGCAGUAGCCAGGCUGGGUACUUUUUGAGAACUCCUUGUACAUUUGGGUUUACAUGUGGGAGGAUGGAUUGUAGGAGAAUAGAGAUAGUGCUUGAAGGUAAUCUCACUCCUGGGGAGUAGCAGCUGUACUAAUUACCAAAGAGUAGGAACAGCCCUGCCCUUAAUAGGGCACAGCUGUGUCCAAUAAGGAUGGGUGUUAUAAAAGAGUGGGUUAGGAGAGCUGGAGUUUGUUGGCUGUGCUGCGAGGAAGAAGGGUCAGCUGGUCAUGUAGAAGAAAGAAAAAAGGAGUUAGUGUUGCAAGAAGCUGCCCGUGGGAGCUCCCAGAGAGAAGGCAGGUAAGUUUUACAGUAAGAUAACAAACUAAUGGUGACAGUUUCCAUCCACCAUGGAUUGGUGCCAAGCACCAACACCAACAAUUCAUGGCCUGUACAGGGAUUGAUCCCGACAGGUACAGGUAGGGCACCACGCAGGGGGAUGGAACCACAGUAUUGCACAGCAAGGGAUCCUUCUGGCAACCAGAAAGAGGAAAGUGAUCAAUGCCUGCUUUGGAAAGGUGAGGUUCACCCCACCCCUUUACCAGCUAACAAAGGGCUGGGUGAUUGGUUCAUGCCAGGGGCUGGAUUCAAGACCCAUCAGACCCAUCCUGUGUCAUGGUCCCCAAGACGUUGUCAGUGGGAGUUGCAGAUGUUCCUUGCUGAGCUGAACCUCUGGCCUGCAGCCUGUGUCCGGUACCAUCCGACGCCUCCAGGAAGGCAACAUGGAGGCAUCUGGCAGGACCCCCACCAGCCCAACCCGCAGAGUCCAGACUGUCAUCCAGAACAGUCCCCUGGACCUGAUUGACACGGGCAAGGGGCUGAAAGUGCAGACAGAGAAGCCACAUUUGGUGAGCCUGGGCAGCGGUCGGCUCAGCACUGCCGUCACACUCCUGCCGCUGGAGGAAGGGAGGACCACCAUUGGCACGGCUGGGACCGACAUCGUCCUGCAGGGCGCCGGGCUGGCGCCCCAGCACUGCUACAUCGAGAAUGUGCGAGGGACACUCACCCUGCACCCCUGUGGCAACGCCUGUGCCAUCGACGGCGUGCCGCUGCAGCGGCCCACGCACCUCACCCAAGGGUGCACCAUCUGCCUGGGCCAGGCCACCUUCCUCCGCUUCAACCACCCUGCUGAGGCCAAGUGGAUUAAGAGCAUGAUCCCCGCGGGGGGCAGGAACCCAUCGGCUCUCUAUGGGUUACCAGCAAAAUCCGAGGCCCUGGUGAAUGGUGGCCACCAGCUGUCAGAGCGUGGGUGUCACAGCCACAGCUCCCUUGUCAGCUCCAUAGAGAAGGACCUGCAGGACAUCAUGGACUCACUGGUGCUGGAGGAGUCCGCAUCCCCUGGCAUCCAGAAGCCGCCUGCCUGCGGCCGAUCCCCCCUCUCCCCUGUGGUGAACGGGGGUGGCCGCUGCCUCCUGUCCCCUCCACCCAGCCCUGGGGCUGCCUCAGGGGGCUCCAGCUAUGAGAACUUCUCUCCCCUCUCCUCCCCAGCCAGCAGCAGUAGCUACACCAGCCCCUCACUCAGCAGCCAAGAGCAAGGCCCAGCCGUGCCGCCCCCUCUCCCACUGCGCUCCUCCAGCUACAACCAUACUGUCCAGCCCCCUGCUCUGCCUGCUGGGGGUUCUGGUGAGCCCUGGCCAGCUGAGAGGCUCGGGGACCACCGGGGGGGCAGCCCUCGGCUGACGCCCAGGGUGGCGCCGCGGCCACGGGUGGCCCUGCAGGAGCGGCCCCCCAGUCCCUUCCGGGAGCCACGGGACUCUCUGGCCCCCGGCCGGCAGCCCACCAGCAGGGCAGCCCCAGAGGCCCGGCUGCAGCCCCCCGAGAGCCCACGGCUUGCCCGGAGGAACCUUGAGAGCAUGCGGGAGCUGCCUCCCCUGAGUCCCUCCUUGUCACGCCGGGCUGCCAGCCCCCGGCUGGCCCCUGACACCCCCUCCCCACAGCCCCGGCUGGGCAGGGAGGUGCCUGGCAGUCCCCGUGCCAGGCGCAAGGGCCCAGAGGAGUCGAAAGGUGCUGGGGGUCCUUCGCCCCCGCUGCUGUCAGAGAACCCCACGCGCCGUCCCAGUUUCAGUACUUGCCUGAGCCCCACGUAUGGGCUGGGCUCCCCAGCUGUGCCCUCGCCCCGGCAGAGCCCCCGCGCCCCCAGGAAGCCUUUGGGGGACCCACGGCUGCCAGCAGGCUCACGGGAGCGCAAGAACAGCAUCACUGAGAUCAGUGACAACGAGGAUGAACUGCUAGAGUACCAUCGGCGGCAGCGGCAGGAGCGGGUUCGGGAGCAGGAGAUGGAGCGCCUGGAGCGGCAGCGCCUGGAGACCAUCCUGAACCUCUGUGCUGAGUACACCAAGACAGACGGCACUGAGCCUGGUGACACGCACAGACUCCUGGCUGGUGACACGGAUGCUGGCCAGUGGGUGCCCAGGGGUGCCAUGGCUCUGGGCCACGCUGUUGAAGAGCUGCAGCAGAGGGAGAGUGUGGAGAGAUCAGAUGAGGAGAAUCUGAAGGAGGAGUGCAGCAGCACUGAGAGUACCCACCACGAGCACGAGAAGCUGACAGGACCCCGGGCCAAGGAGGCACAGCGGCUGGAGGAGGAGCGUGCCGGUGUCCUCGGACGCCUGGACCAGCUGAAGGGUCGUGUCAAGGAGCUGGAGCAGCAGCUGCAGGAGACAUCGCGAGAGGCAGAGAUGGAGCGGGCACUGCUGCAGGGUGAGCGGGAGUCAGAGGUGGUGCGGCUGCGGCAGGAGCAGGAGGCAGCGCAGCAGCUGCAGGAGAAGCUCUCCAGCCUGGACGCCAGCAUCCGCAAGGAGCGGGACAAGGAAAGGGCAAAGGUUGAUGCUGAAAGGAAGGAGCUAGAGCAACUCCAGGCGCUUUACCAUGAGUCGAAGAGCCACCUUGCUAAGUGCCCCGAGUCAAUGCGGGAGCAAUUGCAGGAGCAGAUGCGAAGGGAGGCAGAGGCACUGGAGACGGAGGCCAAGCUGUUUGAGGACCUGGAGUUCCAGCAGCUGGAGCGAGAGAGCCACCUGGAAGAGGAGCGCGAGGCGCGAGGGCAGCAGCUGCUGCAGAGCCGGGCCGAGUGCCACCGCAGCAUCGCCCGCAGGAAGGUGGGCAUGGCAGGGGCAGUUCCGUGGGGCUGUGCCCCUGGGCCAGGCUGCAUCCCAGGGCUCACCAGCAGCCAGCUCAUCUCUGCUGCCACUCCCCAGGAGCGGGUGGCUGCCCUGGAUGCCCAGGCUGCCCAGAUCCGGCUGCAGAGUGCGCAGGAGGCCGAGCGCCUGGCCAGGGAGCGCAGCAGCGUCCUGCAGCUCCUGCAGAAGGAGAAGGAGAAGCUCGUGUCUCUGGAGAGGCGAUACCAGCUUGUCACAGGUGGCAGGAGCUUCCCAAAAAUGUCCUCAGCUCUCCGAGAGGAGACCCUCCAUAUCUCAGAACCUUAUGAGCUGUUGGAGGGACCUAAGCCCCUGAGCCCCCUGCCAGCAGCAGCUGCCUCCUUAGCUUCUCCUGCCACCUACUCCUACCCCAAGGCACAAGAGGUCUAUCGUGCAAAAGCAGAGGCUGGUGCUGGUGUCCUCACCCCUCGGAUGAAGAGUGGGACCCCUUCGUCCUCGCAGCUCAACCUCUCCGUGCUGGAGCGCAGCCCCUCUCCCAAGCUGACCACCCACUGUCCUGCCCAGGGCCCUCCCAGCCCGGCGGGCAGCCUGUCCCGCAACCUGGUGGCCACGCUGCAGGACAUCGAGACCAAGCGCCAGCUGGCCCUGCAGCAGAAGGGUCGGCAGGUGAUUGAGGAGCAGAAACGGCGGCUGGCAGAGCUGAAGCAGAAAGCGGCUGCCGAGGCGCAGUCCCAGUGGGAAGCCCUGCAUGGGCAGCCCCCCUUCCCCACUGCCUUUCCCCGGCUUGUGCACCACUCCAUCCUCCACCACAGCCGUCCCCAUGGUGCCGGACCGCGGGCUGAGGAGCUGGACCAUGCCUAUGACACGCUCAGCCUGGAGAGCUCAGACAGCAUGGACACCAGCAUCUCCAUCGGCAACAACUCUGCGUGCUCGCCUGACAAUAUCUCCAGUGCCAGCGGGAUGGAGACAGGGAGGAUUGAGGAGAUGGAGAAGAUGCUGAAGGAGGCACACGAGGAGAAGUCGCGGUUGAUGGAGUCCCGGGAGCGGGAGAUGGAGCUGCGGCAGCAGGCGCUGGAGGACGAGCGCUGGCGGCGGGAGCAGCUGGAACGCCGGCUGCAGGAUGAGACCGCGCGGCGGCAGAAGCUGGUGGAGAAGGAGGUCAAGCUGCGGGAGAAGCACUUCUCACAGGCUCGUCCCCUGACACGGUACCUCCCCAUCCGCAAGGAGGAUUUCAACCUGCGGCUGCACAUUGAGUCCUCGGGCCACAGUGUUGACACCUGCUACCACAUCAUCCUGACAGAGAAGAUGUGCAAGGGCUACCUGGUCAAGAUGGGCGGGAAGAUCAAAUCUUGGAAGAAGCGCUGGUUUGUCUUUGACCGCAUGAAGCGCACCCUCUCCUACUAUGUGGAUAAACAUGAGACAAAGCUGAAGGGUGUUAUCUACUUCCAAGCCAUUGAAGAGGUUUACUAUGACCACCUCCGCAGUGCAGCCAAGAGCCCCAACCCUGCGCUCACUUUCUGUGUCAAGACCCACGACCGACUCUACUACAUGGUGGCACCAUCAGCCGAGGCCAUGCGCAUCUGGAUGGACGUCAUUGUCACUGGGGCAGAGGGCUAUACCCAGUUCAUGAACUGAGGGCGGUGCUGUGCAUCCCAGAUCCACCAGCUGCAUGGACUUGUGAGCCUCCCAAGCAGCGAGGAGCUCCUGAGGGACCGUGGUCCCUGCUACGCC